AGAGGAGGAGCUGGGGAUGGAGCAGGGUAAUUAGCUCCUGAGAAAUGUGAUAGCUACUGAUAAUACUGAGGAGCUUAUAUAUGGAUGCUGUGAUAGGCGUCGUAUUCCUAUAGGCAGACGGGAGUCACCUGGGAGUCAGCUGAUGUGAGCUUGACUGAUGUGACCUGCCAGAACUGACGUUACGCUGGAUAUUAACCAGCUUUUUUAUUAACUCUGUUUUUUUUUUUUCGGUAUAAUAGGCCACAAGAGAAAUGUUAAGAAAAUAAAUUAAGACAGCUGUGUUAUAUACCGUCAUCAGAACAUGCAGAUUUGAUUAAUGCAGCGUCAGAUGUCAAAGGCUCGGUCCGUCUCUACUUUCACUUUCUGUGGUGAAUGUUUUUGACUUCUUCAAAUUUUGUUUACAAAAUCAUGGACAUUGCGCGCGCGUUAUUUCCCGUAAUAAUAAAAUCAAUCAAGUUAUUGAAGAUAAGAGUAAAUAAACAAGACGGAUUUCUUCCAAUCAAAGUUUGACAUGUCAUUUCCUCAUACAGAGAGGCUGUGCUAAAGUUAGGAAGUGUUUUGCUUUUCUUUUCACUAGUCCUACGUGUCAGAUGUUCCGUGAAGACUCUCUAUAGGCCUAUUUUAAUUUUUUCUGGCAUUAAAUGGCGCUUGAGGAUGAGCUGUCGUGUCCCGUGUGCACUGAGCUCUUCAGUGAUCCUGUGUUGUUGAGCUGUGGUCACAGUUUCUGCCGUCGGUGCAUUAAUGAUCACUGGACCUCGAGUAGAUCCAGAAACUGUCCCGUCUGUCGACAGGCAUCACCGCAGCCACCGGUGUCCAAUCUGAGCCUGAGGAACACCUGUGAGUCUUACCUGAGAGAGCAAAGCACGAGGAAAGAGAGGGAUGGAGGACAAGAGUGUCAGAUACAUGGAGAGAAAAUUGAGCUGUUCUGUCAAACAGAUGAACAGGCUAUAUGUGUAACAUGUAAGAAAAACGAACACAGAUUUCACAAAACACAAACGUUACAACAGGCUGUUCGACAACGAAAGGAGAAGCUGAAAGCAGCUCUUCGUCCAGCUGAGAAGACAUUGUGGUCAUUACAGAAUGGUGCAGCACAAGACGCCAAGAUCUCUAAUUACAAUCAGUCUCAAGUUCAGCAGACAGAAAGAAAAAUCAGAGAAGAGUUUAAGAAACUCCAUCGGUUCCUCAAAAAGGAGGAGGAGAGCAGGAUAGCAGCUCUAAAUGAAGAAGAGAAAGAAAAGAAAGGAAAGAUGGAGAAGAGAACAAAGGGCAGAGUACGCUCUCUCUCAGACAGACUCCGUGAGGUGGAGGAGGGAAUGAAGGAUGAUGACGUCACUUUCCUUCAGAAUUACAACAGCAUUAUGAACAGAGCUAAAUACACACUUCCAGAAGCAGAACUGAGUUCAGAAGCUCUUAUUGAUCUUACCAAACAUCUGGGUAACUUGAAGUAUCAAGUAUGGGAGAAGAUGAAGGACAUCUGCCCUUACUACCCUGUGAUCCUGAACCCAAACACAGCUCCACCAGACGUCUCUGUGUCAGAUGACCUGACCUCUGUGACAUCAUGUGCGUACCGACAGGAUGAGCCCAACCCUCUUCUUCUGCACAGGAACCGUAUGGUGUUGGGGAGUGUGGGAUACAGUUAUGGUGUUCACUCAUGGGAUAUUGAUGUGGGAAACAGUCGCAGCUGGAGCCUUGGAGUGUGUCUUGGAUCAGUGGAAAGAUCUAUUGUGCAAAGUUUGAACUCUGCAAAUGGCUUCUGGGGUCUCAGACGUGAUGGAGACUUGUACAAAUUCCUGAACACUACAAUUGCGUUCAAGAUGAAGACUCAUCCCCAAGUGGUGCGUGUGAAGCUAAAGGAUUGUUUUGACAAGAAGGGAGGAUGGUGGAGGAAUGUGAGUUAUUUUGAUGCUGCUUGUAAUUCCCUUUUUGCCUGUUUUCAAGUGCCCUUAGGGAUUGAGCUCUUUCCAUUCGUGAUCCCAGAAAAGCGCUCCGGCCCACUGCGUAUCAUCCCAGCUAAAGUUACUCUGACAACUGAACAUGUUGAACACAUUGAACAGGAGAUCUCUUUUCCAGAGAAACAUUGUUUCUUACCGAAGGUGCCAUGGGAUGUGUUGUUUCUGGUAGUGUUCUUCUUACUGGCGGUGCUGUGUGUUUUUAUAAUGUAUCAUCUGAUAUACUGAGUAUGUAACUGUUCAUAAUUCAUCAUUGUUUUCAGCAUUACUCUGUAUUAUGGUAACAGUAUCUACUAAAAGGCUUUUUAUAUCUUCACAUAGUAAACCAAGUUAUAAACCAAGUUAUGCAUCUGACAGUAAUAAUUGUAACAGUUAAGUGUAACAGAGAAAAAAAGGGUAUUGAAUUGUGUCAAAAUGCCUGUUCUAGUUGUAAAGCAAUUUUAUUAUGUUUAUUGUUAAUAUGUAUCAAAUUCAUCUAAGUAGAGGGGAUUUGGAGACACCUGCAGGCGAUGAGAGUAACAAAGUGAGUGACAAACAUUAUCUUGUCAGUUCUAGCCGAGCUGUCGAGGUGAAUGACAGGUAAAAUUCCUCUUCCGUCAUAUUGCCAUAGAACGUUGGUAGAUAUAACUUUAUUUUCCUUUAAAGUCAAAUAUAUCCCUGUAGAAAUGUGUUUAAAACUCAUUUCAUAUUGAAGUGAUAAAAAGAUCACAACUCGUCCCCUUGGAAUUAAGGUUCUAUCUGACAUUUUUGUCAAAAUUGAGUUAUUCACAUAUUUGUAUUCGGUGACAACGUAUUUACAUUAUGUGAUGUUUUUUUUUUUUUUUUAAGUUGUGUACAUUUUGGGACUUUUUUUAUUAAACAAAAAGGUUCUAUCUACAAAGUUGAACUCUAACUUGGUUCUACAAGGUUCUAUCUGUGAGCCAAUCAGCACUUUGAAUGCACACACGAGGACCAAUUAAGAUCAGCUUUCUUUGUCAUGUCGCCGGACUGCUCCACGACAGUGGAAAAGAGAGCAGAAAACGCUAACAAUUCCACGCAGUGCGAUGUUUAUUAGAAACCUCAUGAUCGACUAUUUUAUUUAUGAUCUUGUCAGUGACAGCAGCCCAAAUUCCAGGGAAUUUCAGUCUUUUUGUGUGUUUUGCUGUAUCUAUUGCUGAGGAGUUAUUUUCAGUUAGACACCACGCUAGCCAGCAGCGCUAUUAAGAGGAUAGGUUCGGGUUUUGUAGUCUAUUUGCUUUAUUCCAGUCAUUGUCAUACGAGGGAAAGUUAUGAUUAUAUUAGGUUGUUUUAACUUUGAUCCAUCCUGUGUACUUGUAUUGCGCUGUAUAGCUAAGCUCUACGUUAUGGCACACUGGUUUAAAGUGUAUAAACUACAUUAAGUGUGAUGAAAUGUUAAAUUUUACAUUGUUGGUAAAAACAGUUGUUGGUAAAUUUUGAAAUCAUUUAAACAUUUUAAAUGUGAUUUAUUAUUAUUAUUUUAAUCUAUAUAUAGUCAGUUAAAGGAUUAGUUCACUUUCAAAUAAAAAUUUCCUGAUAAUUUACUAAUUUUUUAGAGAAGAAGAAGAAGAGAGCUAGUUCAAGAUUUUUUUAGAAAAUGACCGAUCAUUUCGCUAGAUAAGACCAUAUUUUCCUCGUCUGGGAUCGUAUAGAACGCUUUGAAGCUGCACUGAAACUGACAUUUGGACCUUCAACUGUCUGGGGUCCAUUGAAGUCCACUAUAAGGAGAAUAAUCCUGGAAUGUUUUCAUCAAAAACCUUAAUUUCUUUUCGACUGAAGAAAGAAGGACAUGGACAUCUUGGAUGAGUAAAUUAUCAGGAAGUUUAUAUUUGAAAGUGAACUAAUCCUUUAAACAUUCUUGCAGUUUUUUAGUCUUAAAAUGUCUUAAAUUUUACAAUAUUAAGCCCUAAAGGUCAAAUAGUAAAUAAUUUAUUGAUGGGGUCUUAAUUACAACAAUAAACGUCAGCAUGUUAUUUCAGCCAUACUGAUGUCUAGAGAGAAAGCCAUUUCACCUGUCCCACUUUCUGUUGAAUAAAGUCCUGCUCAGAUGUUUUACAGUAGCUGUUUUCUGUCUAAACAAAAUGAAAUUUAAACUUAACAUGUCAAAGAUGGCUCUAUUUUUUGUUUUUAUGUAUGCUGCUUAUCUAUUUGUAUUUGUCUUUUAAUUUGCCUCUGCAUGUACCUCUUACUGUAUUUCUGUAUGCCUUUCUCUUCAAGUUGCUUUAAAACAGCUCAAACAUGCAUUUUAGUCUGGGACUAGGCUUAAUCCUUGACUGUAAAACUGGUGGAUGUGGUAAAGCCAGAUGAACUUGGUUGCUAAAUCUCUCUACAGUAAUAUUAGAUUGAGUCUCAUAUUCAAAGCCAGUCAAACUCUUUCAUUUUUAACUAUUUUAUAAAUGAAGAUGCAGAUGAAAGAGGGUGAGGCAAGAGACAAAGGCAUGGUAACAAAUCAGAAAAGCUUUAUUGGUUACUUUUGUUUAAGUAUAAACGAUUUAUAAAUGUUCUUAAUAAAAGCAAGUCGAGUAAAAAUGA